AUUUUGAGAAAUUAUCGGAGAGAAAGAUAUUAAGAUAAUGAAGAGGUGUAGCGUCCAAUGGAGACCCAUCAUCACCACCACCACUUUCAGUGCUGCCACGGUUCCAAAUUUCUCAGCCACCCUCUUCCUCUUCCACCUUCUUCAUGGCGACCCCUUCUUCUAGCCAGACCCUUUUCCCCUUCUCUCGUCUCUUGCUCCUCCAACAAGCGUUGGGACUCCAACGCCGAAACCUUUCGCCCCCGAAAUUUCACCCCCAACGAUGCCAGAAAGGGACAAGAACAAGAACAAGAACUAAAAGAAGGGUUCGGGAAGAAGAGAAGGUGGUGGUCUGAUGAAGAUAGAGAAUUUGAGGAUAAAGAAGAAGAAGUAGUAGAAGAAACUUCUAGUGGGAUUUUGGAAGAUGCCAUUGACAGUGUCUGGUUUCUCCAGAUUUUCAAAUCCUAUGGUUGGACGCUGCCUGUCAUCCUCAUGUCAUGGUUGAUAUCUAGUGGCCCAAAAGCUUUCCUCAUGGCAUUAAUUCUUCCCCUUGGUCAGUCAGCACUUGCACUAGCAUUUGAGAAAUUAUGGGGACCGUCCGAACGCAAACCAAAACGCAAGUACAGGAUGAGGAGGAAACCCCGUGUUAGAAAUUACACCAGAGUUGAGGAAGAACCAGAAGAAAAACAGAAAACCAAAAAGGGGUACCAAUCAUGGGUAGUUGAGGAUAAAGGUUCAGUUGAUACAGGCAGCCGAGAAGCAGCACCGAGUUUUGGUGGAUGGGAUGACUUGGAGAGGUCAAGACCAGCGACAAAGUCUUCCCGUGGCAUGGAUGGAUCACGAAGGACACCGAUGGAAGGUGGUAGGUUGAGUAGGAGACAAAGAAAAAGUGACACACCUCUGCUGUUGCGAGUGCUUUUUGCUAUUUUCCCAUUUUUGGGCACAUGGACAAAGAUGCUGUAAUAGUCUUUACCAAAUAACUUGAGCUUGGAUGAGUUGGAAGUGAUUCUUUACAUCUUCCUCUGAUGAAAAGAAACCAAGCAGUUAUUUUAUGUUGUUUGUCAACAUACAUGAGUAGUAUUGAUAAAAUUAGAUGAUGAAUUAAGUUCAUCAACAUCAGCAAAUUUGCAUUCUUUUAUCUGUCUCAUUUUUGGCACAAGGGAAUUUUGCAGACCCCCAUUUUGGCUGUUGGAUUUGCUGUGAUUGAAUUUUCACCAAAUAAUACUUUUUAGAUAGCUUUUGUGAUCUUAACUUUGCAGUGUGCGCUGCUAUUGAUGUGAA